AUGUUAAUCGUUACCUUUGUUUUAUGCCAAAUAUUACGUCGUCUAGUUCGUCCAUUUUUAAAGGGUGAUGGUCGGCUUAUUUUUGGUGAAUUUAUGGCCAUCUUUCAACUUAGUUGUUGUAUACAGGAAUUGAAUUUUACCGAUCAUCAAUUUUCCUUGCCUAUUCGAAUGUUAAGGUUGUUCUCAGUUAUUUUAGCUACAUGUUAUUUCUUCGAUGGAUGUACUGGUCAUGUAGGUUGGAUAUCUGAAAUUGUUAUUCUGGACGGGCGUUUCUUCUUCUAUUUGCUUCUUUUGAUUGCUCAGUUAUGUGGUGGUUACGCUGCUUAUCUCUUUACACCUUACUACUUUCCUCAUCACUAUUUUCAGCAUUUCUAUCAAGAUCAUCCUUGUCAAAGUCUUGAUCCAAUUCAACGCGCAUGGAUUGAAUUUAUAGGUACUUCACUUCUCUUUUUACUAGAUUGGUGUACUCGUCGUUAUGAAGAUUUCAAUCGAGUUUCACAAACACUUUACGUCGUUGCUAUAACCUAUCUCUAUUACGGCCAUAUCGAUGUUUUUAUCAAUCCAAUUAUGGCUAAAACCAUGACUGCUCAUUGUAAUACUGAAGAUUUAAACCUGCAUUUACUCAUAUAUUGGAUAGGACCUAUCAUUUCCAUCGUAUUACCAUUAAUUGUAAUAAGGUUUAUGAGUAGGAGAACGGAGGUUAAAGUCAAAGAGGAUUAA